UUCCGGUUCCGCAUGCGCAUCGACCAGGGCCACGUAUUGUGGAACAACAUAAUCAAGUUUUGGUAGUCGAAGCCGGCUGAAUGUCAAGAUGCCUCUUCGACUUGAUAUCAAGCGGAAAUUAUCAGCACGGUCCGAUCGAGUUAAGAGUGUAGAUUUACAUCCCACAGAACCAUGGAUGUUGGCAAGUUUAUACAAUGGGAAUGUCCAUGUGUGGAAUCAUGAGUCCCAGCAACUUAUUAAAUCGUUUGAGGUUUGCGAUUUACCUGUGAGAUGUUCCAGAUUUGUUCCCAGAAAAAACUGGGUCAUCACCGGCUCAGAUGACAUGCAGAUCCGAGUGUUUAACUACAACACGCUGGAGCGAGUCCACCAGUUUGAGGCUCACUCAGAUUACAUCAGAAGCAUUGCUGUCCACCCCACCCAGCCAUUCAUCCUCAGCAGCAGUGAUGACAUGCUGAUCAAGCUGUGGGACUGGGACAAGAAGUGGGCCUGUAACCAGGUGUUUGAGGGACACUCCCACUAUGUCAUGCAGAUCGUCAUCAACCCCAAAGACAAUAACACCUUCGCCAGUGCCUCACUGGACCGAACAGUCAAGGUUUGGAAUCUGGGAUCAAACACACCUAAUUUUACUCUGGAGGGACAUGAAAAGGGAGUGAACUGUGUAGACUACUAUUCAGGAGGAGACAAACCUUAUUUGAUCUCUGGAGCUGAUGACAGACUUAUCAAAAUCUGGGAUUACCAGAACAAGACCUGUGUGCAGACUUUGGAGGGACACGCCCAGAACAUCUCAGCCGUGGCUUUCCACCCUGAGCUCCCCAUCAUAAUGACCGGCUCAGAGGAUGGUACAGUAAGGAUCUGGCAUGCCAACACAUACCGACUGGAAAGCACGCUGAAUUAUGGGCUGGAAAGGGUGUGGGCCAUUGCUGCCCAGAAAGGCUCCAAUAAUGUUGCUCUGGGUUAUGAUGAAGGAAGUAUCAUUAUUAAGCUUGGCCGAGAGGAACCAGCCAUGUCAAUGGACAGCAGUGGAAAGAUCAUCUGGGCCAAGCACUCGGAGAUACAGCAGGCCAACAUCAAGGCUAUUGGAGACCAGGACGUGAAGGAUGGAGAGAGGCUCCCUCUGGCGGUGAAGGACAUGGGCAGCUGUGAGAUCUACCCCCAGACAGUUGCCCACAACCCCAACGGCAGGUUUGUGGUGGUGUGUGGGGAUGGCGAGUACAUCAUCUACACGGCCAUGGCACUCAGGAACAAGAGUUUUGGCUCUGCCCAGGAGUUUGUUUGGGGCAGUGAUUCUUCAGUGUACGCCACCAGAGAAUCCACCAGUUCAGUUAAAAUCUUCAAAAACUUCAAGGAACAAAAGGCAUUCAAACCAGAAUUUGGGGCUGAAGGUAUUUAUGGAGGAUUCCUAUUGGGCACACGGUCAGUGAGUGGCCUGGCAUUUUAUGACUGGGAAUCCACAGAGCUCAUACGACGAAUAGAAAUAACACCAAAAAACGUGUACUGGAGUGAGAAUGGAGAGCUGUGUUGUAUCACUACAGACGAGUCGUUCUUUGUCCUGAAAUACAACCCGGAGGCCGUGGAAAAAGCCCAGGGCAAUAGGGAAGAGAUCGGAGAGGACGGGAUUGAGGAAGCGUUUGAUGUGGUGGGAGAGAUUGAUGAGACGGUGAAGACUGGUGUGUGGGUGGGAGACUGCUUCAUCUACACCAACAGUGUCAACCGGCUCAACUACUACGUGGGCGGGGAAAUCGUCACAAUAGCUCACCUGGAUAGAAUGAUGUAUUUGCUUGGUUACAUUCCAAAAGACAAUCGCCUGUACCUCGGAGACAAGGAACUCAACAUUGUCAGUUUCUCACUCCUCGUCUCGGUGCUGGAGUACCAGACAGCUGUCAUGAGAAGAGACUUUGAGACCGCAGAUAAAAUAUUACCAAUGAUUUCUAAAGAACACAGAUCAAGGGUUGCCCAUUUCCUGGAGAAACAGGGCUUUAAAUCCCAAGCGUUAGCUGUGACAUGUGACCCAGAACACAAGUUUGAGCUGGCCAUACAAUUAGGAGAUCUUAAAACCUGCUAUCAGAUCGCCAAAGAAGCAGAGUCAGAGCAGAAGUGGAAGCAGCUUGCAGAGCUUGCGAUCAGCAAGUGUGAGUUUGGUCUUGCCCAGGAGUGCCUCCAUCAAGCCAGUGACUUUGGGGGUCUCCUGCUGCUGGCCAGCUCUGCUGGGAACGCCCAGAUGGUGGCCAAGCUCGGGGACACGGCUCAAAAAGCCGGCCAGAACAACGUCGCCUUCGUCUCACACUUUGUCCUUGGAAGACUAGAGGAGUGCCUGGAGGUGUUAAUUAACACAGGACGUCUUCCGGAGGCCGCCUUCUUCGCCAGAACAUACCUUCCUAGUCAAGUGUCAAGAGUGGUGGAGUUGUGGAGAGAGCAUUUAGCAAAAGUCAACAAGAAGGCCGCCAACUCUUUGGCUGAGCCCCAGGAAUAUGAGAACUUGUUCCCAGACUGGAAGAAUGCCCUCAAGACCGAGGCUUAUCUCAAACCACAGAGGCAGCGUGCAAUCCCGGCGGACAAAUUCCCACGUGUCCCACCAAAUCACGAGAGGGUCCCUGUGGAUGAGAUGCAGCAGGCCGAGGAGCAGGGCUCGUUCACAUUCGUCCGCGGACCAGGCGAUGAUGAUGAUGAUGAUGCAGGGGACGACUUUGAACAGGCCCCCGACACGACUGAACAAAGUGUCAGGGCGCCCUCACCCCUACCACAGAAGAAGGAAAUGGCACCCCCAGAUCCUGCCCCGAGUAAAACAGAAAUGGAUGACAUAGAGAAGGAGUUGGAGUUAGAUCUAGAAAACAUGAACAUUGACAAUGUGGACACCUCAGACCUCCCUUCUGCUGACCAGGACAUUAAUUUGGAUGAGGAGGACCUUUUGGAAGAUUAAAUCUUCUGUGUGUGGAUUCAUUUUAUUCUGAGGACCCGAUUCAAGCUGUGAUUUGUGGAACUAUUUUCACUGGGUAGAACCAGUGACCAACAAACCUUCACCCCGUGUAAGACUGUUUUAUUUCACUAAAACAGCUCCCCACCCCCUGCUGAGAGGGGGAGGGGUUUCAAAUGGAAGCGUCCUCUCUCACGGUUUCAUUACUCCUAUUGUGUUGUUACAUGGACAUCUUUUAUUAGCUGAUGGAAGAAAGUUAAGAAGGAGGAUUCAUUAUAUUAAGAAUGAAAGGUCAUUCAACCAUGAAAUAUUGUGACUUAUUAAAUUAUGGUGUAUUGUUUUAAGUAUAGGGAAGUGCUCCAAUGUGUACUAAAUUUAUAUUUAUUUCAAAGAUUUGUCUUUGAAAGAAAAAAUAAAAGCUUAUGAUUAUAGAA